AGUUUCGCUUUCCCUCUGUCUCUCAGGGCACGAGGCCAGCCAGGCACUGCAAAACAAGUUUUGGUGCCAGAGACUUUGGUGGCUUCCAAGACUGCUUUUUCAGAGACAGGACAGCCUCAGUUAUGCCGCAGGACAGAAACAACCUCCAAAUCUUAACAGCUUAAAAGACAAAAGUUUGUUCUUGCUCACACUACAUGUGGACUGAGCAUCAGCAAGGGGCCAGCUUGUCAUCAGGGACCUAAGCCGAUGGAGCAGAUGUCAUCCUGAUUGUCAUCAGUGCGUGUGCCCAGGGAUGGAGGGGCGGGGACCCUCUGAGGUUCUCGCCUCUGUGAUUAAACACUCUACAGGAAGCAACUUUCAACGCUUCUGAUGAUGGCUUAUUGGCGGAGUAAGCCACAUGUCUCCACACUCAGCAGGAGGCCAGCAAGUGUGAUUCUAAGGCUCCCAGAAGAUGGAUAGCAGAAGCAUGAAAUGAACAGCACUGACGACUACAUGAUUGGCAGCUCUCUCUUUCCACUGAUAACAGUAACGACUAUCAAGUCAGAAAUUACUUACACACCCAUUCACACGCAGAAGCAGUGGUUCAGAGAGACCUUUAACCACCUCUUUGCAAUUGCCAAUUCUGCAGAAGCUGGAGAUGCUGGUGUUCAUUUGGUAUCAGGAUAUUUCAGAGCACUCCUACCGAAGAAGUGCCAUUCUGGGCUGACGUGGUUCUGGGAUUUCGAAGGAUGACUGAGGCUGAGCUGAAGAAAUUCCCCCAGUAUGUGUUUGGUCAGGCUUUUACAACCCUGAAAUGCGAAUGCCCUGCCUACCUCCCGUGGUUGGAGAAAAGGAUAAAAGGAAGUGGAGGCUGGACGCUCACUCGGCGAAUAGACGACCUGUGGGAACUUCAUCCGUCCUUCGACAUCGUGGUCAACUGUUCAGGCCUUGGAAGCAGACAGCUUGCAGGAGACUCAAAGAUUUUCCCUGUGAGGGGCCAAGUGCUCCAAGUUCAGGCUCCCUGGGUGGAGCAUUUUAUCCGAGAUGGCAGUGGGCUGACGUAUAUUUAUCCUGGUAUGUCCCAUGUAACCCUAGGUGGAACUAGGCAAAAAGGGGACUGGAAUCUGUCCCCAGAUGCAGAAAAUAGCAGAGAAAUUCUUUCCCGAUGCUGUGCUCUGGAGCCCUCCCUCCACGGAGCCUGCAACAUCAGGGAGAAGGUGGGCUUGAGGCCCUACAGGCCAGGCGUGCGACUGCAGACAGAGCUCCUUGCCCGAGAUGGCCAGAGGAUGCCUGUAGUCCACCACUAUGGCCAUGGGAGUGGGGGCAUCUCGGUGCACUGGGGCACUGCUCUGGAGGCUGCCAGGCUGGUGAGUGAGUGUGUCCGUGCCCUCAGGACCCCCAUUCCCAAGUCAAAGCUGUAGAUGACAUAAAAUGACAGCAAAUAGACUGAGAGACUGUUGAUCAAAGCACAGAAUAGGUUCAAAUGACUUUUCCACUGCAUGUAAGUUUAAUUAGACAUUUCUUUGUUUUCAACAUUAGAAGUGGUAUAACAUGUAAGCCGAGCACAGUGGCAUGCCUAUAGUCCCAGCUACUUGAGAGGCUGAGGCAGGAGGAUCACUUGAGCCCAGGAGUUUAAGUGCAAUCUGGAUAAUAUAGCCAGACCCCACCUCUAAAAAAACCAACAACAACAAAAGAAACGAUGCAACAUGUAGGCUUACUUAGGAAGUCUACCAUUGAUGACAUAGGGCAUAAAGCUCUAUUUUUUGUUAAAAAAUACUUCUUAUAGAGUAAAAUUUCUUUAGAACUGAUGUCCAAGGACCUAUGCAGAUUUAUAUGAGUGUUGGAAGCUAUAGAGAUUUUGAUAUCAUUUGGCUUGUAAAUCCACAGGUAGAGAUAAUGUAUGGAAAACACUGAAAUCACUGUCAAUUGUAGAGCUGCCUGUGAUCUUCUUAGGUUAUAGCCAAGUCAGCAACAUAAUUCCUCUAAAUAAAAUUACAUGGUGCUCA